UCCCCUCCAUCCCUCCAGCCCGGUGUCCCCGGUGUCCCCCUUUGCCCCCAGUGUCCCCGUGUCCCCCCUGCUCCCCUGUGCCCCCAGUGUCCCCCGGUGUGCCCGCGGCGAUGCCGGAGGCCGUUCACUACAUCCACCUGCAGAACUUCAGCCGCUCGCUGCUGGAGACGCUCAACGGGCAGCGGGUGGCGGGGCAGUUCUGCGACGUCACCGUGCGCAUCCGCGAGGCCUCGCUGCGCGCCCACCGCUGCGUCCUGGCCGCGGGCAGCCCCUUCUUCCAUGACAAGCUGCUGCUGGGCCACUCGGCCAUCGAGGUGCCGCCCGUGGUGCCCUCGGCGGCCGUGCGGCAGCUGGUGGAGUUCCUGUACAGCGGCAGCCUGGUGGUGGCACAGUCGGAGGCGCUGCACAUCCUCACCGCGGCCUCGGUGCUGCAGAUCAAGACGGUCAUCGACGAGUGCACCCAGAUCAUCUCGCAGAGCCGCGGCCCCGCCGUGAUGCCCCCGGCCCAGAAACUGCCGCCGGGGCCGCCGGCGGAGCUGGAGAACUUCUCGGAGCCGUUGCCGAGCGGCCACAGCCGGAAGCAGCGGCAGCCGCUGCGCCUCGCGCCGACGCUCAAGGAGGAGGAGGAGGCGGAGGAGGAAGAGGAAGAUGAGGACGGCGGUACCCAGGAGGGUGUUGUCCCGCCCGGCGCGGCCCUCCCGGCUUUCCCGGCGCCAGACCCACCGUUUUUUGGUGCCCCCGAGGCAUUCCCAGACACAUUCCUGGCGCCCUGGGCCGGCGACGACGGCGGCGCCGCGUUCGGGGCCGAGCGCGGGCGGGAGGCACCGUGCGGGGAUGGGUUUGGGUUUGGGGCGCCCCCGGCAUUGCCGCCACCCUACGAGGGUGGGACGGAGGCGGGGGGAGCCCCCCCAGUGCCCACGGUGCCCCCAGUGGGGCCCCUGCGUGGCCCCCAGCCCCCCUACCAGUGCGGGCACUGCCAGAAGAGCUUCAGCUCCCGUAAGAACUACACCAAGCACAUGUUCAUCCACUCGGGUGAGAAGCCCCACCAGUGCUCCAUCUGCUGGCGCUCCUUCUCGCUCCGGGACUACCUGCUGAAGCACAUGGUGACCCACACGGGCGUCCGCGCCUUCCAGUGCGGUGUCUGCUGCAAACGCUUCACCCAGAAGAGCUCCCUCAACGUCCACAUGCGAACCCACCGCCCCGAGCGCUUCCAGUGCCGCCUCUGCACCAAGGGCUUCUCCCACCGCACCCUCCUGGAGCGCCACGCCGCCGCCUCUCACCCUGGGCCCCCGCCGGGGCCCCCACCAGGGCCGCCACCGCUGCCGCCGGAAGCCGGAAUGGCCGCGUGGCCGGGGACUGAUGCCGCGGGCGCCGGCCCCGCUCACACGGCGUGA